GACGCCUGCAGCUGUUGUGAUCCGACAGUAAGACCAAGAUCACUUGAGGACAGGGUGAACUUGUAUGUGCUGUUGUUUACUUGGUGUUCUACCUGGUCAGAUAUUUUAGCAGUUGGCUGAUCCUUUGUCCUUCAAGGUCAGAUUAGGGCCUUGCAGUUGUCAAGCUUAAUAAGAGCCAUGGAGCCGGACCGUCCACGUUAUGUGAUUGACAGGCCGGCAUAUAACCUCCCAGACUUCGACAGAGAGUUUGACAAGAAGAGUCGACAGUUCCUUGUUGGAGAGAAAGUAAAAAAACUCUUCAGAUGCUCUGUGCCUAGACUGAGGGGCUUGUUGUCUAGACAUCUGCCUGUACUGAGCUGGCUUCCCAAGUACAAAGCCAAAGACAACCUGCUGUGUGAUGUCAUCAGCGGGGUCAGUGCUGGAACCAUUCAGGUCCCCCAAGGUAUGGCAUUUGCCCUCCUGGCAAACCUCCCUCCUGUCAACGGUCUGUAUUCCUCUUUCUUCCCCCUCAUCCCGUAUUUCUUCAUGGGCACUGCUCACCAGAUGGUCCCAGGUACUUUCGCUGUCCUCAGCAUUAUGGUGGGAAUUGUAUGUGUUAGGCUGGCCCCAGAGACAGACUUCGGUCAUUUCAAUGACACUCUUAAUGCUACAGUAGUGGACACAGCCAGGAUGAAUGACGUUCGUAUGGGAAUAUCUGGAACCCUGGCCUGCCUCACUGCUAUCAUACAGAUUGGCCUUGGCUUCAUGCAGUUUGGGUUUGUAGCCAUCUAUCUGUCAGAAUCCUUCAUCAGAGGCUUCAUGACUGCCGCAGGAUUGCAAAUCCUCAUCUCAGUGCUCAAGUACAUCUUUGGCAUCAAAGUACCACCUUAUAGUGGCCCACUGGCUGUUGUGUAUACUCUUGUGGAUAUUAUACGUGGCCUUCCUGAUACAAACAUAGCAUCAUUAGUAUUUGCUCUGGUUAGCGGUGUAAUCCUGAUUGUUGUGAAAGAGCUGAGUGCACGCUAUCACCACAGACUACCCUUCCCCAUUCCUAUGGAGAUCAUCAUUGUGGUAGUGGCCACAGCCAUCUCAGGCCCUUUGAAUCUUCCUAAGAUCUAUAACAUGGAUAUAGUGGGAGAAAUCCCUUUAGGAUUCCCAGCACCAAUCCUGCCUUCAGUGAGUCAGUGGGAAGUCAUGUUGAGCACUGCUUUCUCACUCGCAGUAGUGGGAUAUGUCAUCAACUUGGCUAUGGGCAGGACACUGGCAGCCAAGCACGGCUAUGAUGUGGAUCCCAACCAGGAAAUGCUGGCUCUUGGUUGCAGCAAUUUCCUCGGCUCCUUUUUUAUGAUCCACGUGAUCUGCUGUGCCCUGUCUGUAACCCUGGCUGUAGACAGUGCUGGAGGAACAUCACAGUUUGCCAGUCUCUGUGUGAUGCUGGUUGUAAUGGUUACCAUGCUCGCACUGGGAGCUUAUCUGAAACCACUUCCAAAGUCGGUGCUCGGAGCCUUAAUUGCAGUCAACCUAAAGAACACGCUCCUGCAGCUCUCUGACCCCUACUUCUUAUGGAAGAAAAGCAAAUUAGACUGUAGCGUGUGGGUUGUGUCAUUCUUGGCCACAUUCUUUCUGAGCUUGCCUUAUGGAGUCGCUAUCGGAGUGGGCUUUUCCAUCCUGGUAGUAAUUUUCAAGACACAGUUUCGUAAUGGUUCAACUAUGGUUCAGAUUAUGGAGACAAACAUCUACAAAAACCCCAAGGUCUACAGUAAGGGCAUAUCAACAACAGGUGUGAAAAUAGUGAACUAUUGUUCACCGCUCUAUUUUGCAAAUGCUGAAAUAUUUCGCCAGAGAGUCAUCAAAAAGACCGGGCUGGACCCUGGAAAACUCAUUCUGGCCAGGCGGAAGUUCUUAGAGAAAGAACAAAGGGAAAAAGUGAAAGAGGAGAAGAAGGACAAGGAGACGAGGAGGAGGAAGCCCAGCUCUUUGGUUAUCAUGAAGGCCCAGACCAUAUCUCAGCUUGAACUGCAAAAUGACUUUGAUAUGAAUGAUGGAAGUGCCAACAAACCUGAACCUCCCACCAGCUAUGUCAACUUCUACUAUGGUGACACUGGGCUUGGUGAACAGGUACCUGGCCAAGAGCCACCCAGUCCCCCUGCUGUCAAACUGGAGUUCCAGCCCGUGCCCUUCCACACCCUCAUUCUCGAUUUGGCAGGGGUCUGCUUCAUUGAUUUAAUGGGCAUCAAAGUGCUGAUAAAGAUGAACUUAAGCUACACUAAGCUGGGCAUCAGACUCUACCUGGCUAAUGUUCAAGCCCAGGUAUAUGAGGAACUGGAGGCUGGUGGAGCGUUUGAAGAUGGCAAUAUAUCCCGCAGUAAUCUGUUCCCCUCUGUCCACGAUGCCAUUCUGUUUGCACAGCACACCUCUGGAGAGAGGCCGGCCUCCCUAAAUGUCGAAGGCGAGAGACAGGAACUUGCCUUUAACAUUAAUGAGAAGGAUCUGGAGCAGGAAAUGUUUUGAGCGUUGAUUGCUGCACUGAAGACGAGCAGAAGAAACAUGCCGAAGAUACUGCUGAUUAUUUUCACUGUCAUUUAUGGAAAUUUACUGUGGCCAAAAUAUGUUCUGUGACUCUCAUUGCUGACUCUCAGUUGCCAAAAUUAAAUGUUUUACUUUGUGGUUGAGCACAGUAAUCAGUACUUGACUCAAAUGGCAGGGUGGUACUGGUGGUGCUACAUGAGACCCCCCCCCAAACAAGUGAGUGCUUAGCAGAUAAUGAGGGGAAACCUGAGGCGCACUUCACCUGCCCCUCACAAUCAAUGUGCAGUGAACCUGCUGACUGCGCAGUUGUACAGAAGUGGUCCUGUAUUUAACAGAGAGCGUACAUGACCACAGCCAUGAGGUACAGCCAGCUGAACAGUCUGGUUGGUGAGAAAGGCAAAAUACAAAUGAAAGAAGGAAUACACAGCAUUAGCUGUUUUAUGUCUUUGUUGUCUUAUGAAUGCUAUUAAACACCACAGUCUCCAGGAUUUUCCACAGGCCAGAGCAAAGCUACAACUACCAAAAUAACACGCCUAAUUGUUGCCAGUUAUAUCAGCAGAGUGAUGGCGCUAAGAGAAAUAUAUGGGCCAACUAACUAGUAUUUGUGCAGCAGGUGCUCAAAGGCAUGUGGUGUCUAGCCUAGCAGCAGGCUGACAGAGGUGCUGGUACACUUGUGAUGCAUGAAUGGAUUUAUGAAGCUAUUAAGAAAUCAUCCUAAGGUACUCUGGCACACAUCUGCUCCUCUGCUCCCCAUCCUCUCUGCAGCAAAUUGGCACCACAACUGAUUACAAGGUUUCUAUGGCCAUCAGCUUUAAUUUGGAGCUCUGGGAAAGCAUCUCAUCACUUAAUGUGUGUGUAGUUGUGUUUAGUAUCAUCACCUGCAGGCUCAUUCUUCUCCUGUUUUUCUCCCUCAUUGUUUUCAGGCUGUCUGUAGAAGCACCUUCCUUGGAACUGAUGUAAUUAAUAUGAAUGAGGAAAAUAUUCUGUUUGAAAUAAUUCGUUGGGCCGCUGUUUGUC